AUGAAUUUUGACCAAAAGGCGGUGAAAUUCCUGGCAAAUUUUCACAUUAGUGGAGGCGAACACUGGACCCAUGGCCCCCUAAAACAGAAGCCACUUGUGACUUCCCAGCCGGUUGGUGGAGGCCCGCCGGGAGGACCCAGGCCCAGAGCUUGCUUCCCGCCAGGGCUGGAGCGACGCCCUCCCGUCGUGACCAACCUGGGCGUCCCGGGCCCCACCAGGUACCGGGUGCCAGAUGCUUCGGCGCGAGAGUGCUCCUCACUGCCCCACUCUUCACCAUCGGCUCGCAUGCACCCCACCCGUGACGGUGGCGGCUGCAGGGCGUGGCAGACCGUGUGGUUCCCGAGGGAAAGCCCUGUCACCCAGAACGACUUCAACUGGGAGCAGUGGCCCUCGCCCGCCGACUACCAGCCGCCCAGCCCGCCCGCCUGCCCGGCCUUCAGCUUCGGGGGUCGCCUUACUCCAGCUCCCCCCCCGAGGCCCGAGCCCACUUGGGGAUGCUGCAGGCCUGGGGUGCAGGGCUGCGGGCCCAGCCCCUCCUUGCAGGUCCCUCUGCCGACGGGGUUAGCUCCAUCGCCUACAACAUCCUUCCCGGGUGCCGCCUGCCGGGCCCCUGCCCGCCCGCUUUCUGAGGUGGGCGGGGGCGGGGGGGGAGCCUGCACCCUGGGCCCGGCUGCCUAUGGCGUGGAGGACUGCUACAACUCGCACUUCCCCUCCGCACAUGGGGGUGGUCAUCCAAGGCUUGCAUAG